AUGUGGGAGGAAAGGCUGGGGCGGAUGGCGGAUGGCUGCGUGAUGCUAGUUGUUAGCGGAUCUUUUGUUAUUAAUCGAGCAAGCGGCAACGAUUGCAGAGCUGAAACACCUGGUCCAGGGCCGCAUGGCAGUGAAGGACUUGUGUGUGAUCCACUCGGGGGGGGCCAAGGCAGAAGAAUCAUGCGUGGUGGUAGCAAGCCUCGUAGAGCAAGAGCCACUGCGGGGAGAAUUUGA